UAAAACGUACUAAGAUUACUUUCAAAAUUAUUUCGAAAACCGAAUUUUAAUGUUUAAAAACGCUCAAGGCUAAGUUAUAUUUGUGUUAAAAUGACAUUUAAUUUUAUUAUAAUAUCAUGAUGUUUGAAGAGAGUUUAAUAUGGUUUGUGUCUGGUGGACUAUUGUUUACUACCAUUAUACUGAUUGUUGCUUGUAUUUGUGGAUGUCACAAGUCAAUACCAAAAAAUGAAUUACUUGGUCUUGCUGGCAUGGUAAAAAUUACCAAUCCUGAUGUUGGACCAGAACCAGUGAACAGAAACUUAUCAACUAGUCCAUCCCCAACAAAUAGUACCAAAAGAAGUUCAGCUGGUGCAACUUUAUCUUCAGCCACUAGAAGUCUUCCUGAUUUACCUGUUGAAACACCUAGGGGUUCAGAUGCUGUUGCCACUGCUGUUUGGUAUGGCGGUGAUACCAACUCCGAACUGUAUGCUACUGUUGAAGAAAAUAAAGAUGGCAUCAAAGGGGACUCUUCAAAAUAUGUCAAUAACACAAUGUCUCCUUCUAGUGGCACUACAGCAUCCAAAAGUGAAUGUGUCUAUGCCUGUGUGAACAAGGAAAACCCAUAUGACAAAUUAAAACAGGAACAUCCAUAUGCUAAAGUUGGUGUGAAUAAUACAACUAAUCAAAGGUUAGGUUCCCAAAGAUCGGAAAAAACCAGCUUAACUGGGUCAAUAGAAUUGGACGAAGUUGACAGCGCUCCUGAUCAAGAUAUAGCAGCAGCUAGUGUAAUUGCUGGUGAUGAAGCUGCUAGUAUUAACAUUCCUUACAUGACUCCACCAGUAGGACCUAUAGAACAUCCGUUAAAUGUGCAACCAAGGCAGGGACAUUACAGUGGCGAUUCACAUGAUUCUAGUAAAGGAUACACGAGUAUCAGUGUUCGAGAACCAUUAUCAAGGAUCAUGUCCAGUACUAGAAAUGGUGGUAUACCAUCAGAUCCUCAUUAUGCUUUUGUCUCAGAUGAUUCUGAUGAAAUGUAUGCAGCUAUUAUGGACCCAAGCAAUAAUGUAUAUACUAGUGGAAGUGAAACAUAUGCUCAGAUACCUAGUGCAAAUAAUAUACCAGUUGCUUCAACAGGUCAAGCGUAUAAAGCUUCUACAUCUCACAUUAAUGGACCUGAACAAACACAUUCCAGACAGGAUUCUUCAUCAAGUGCUGUGAGUUCUAAUUCACCUAAGCCUGAAAAACGACCGGCCAAUUCACCUCUACCUAAACCUCCAGAAUACUUGGAUGAAAUGUAUGCUAAAGUUAUGAAGAAACGCAAUGAUUCACCCGAACAAACAUCUUCUAAUGUUCCUUCCUCGUACGAUGAAGGUAUUUAUGAUAGAUUGGUCGAACCUAAAAAGACAUCAGAUGUUGAUCCUAAUUACGAAGAGUUACGGCCUACUAGUCAUGGUUAUGCUCGGAUAAAAAAAAUUGAAAAACCAUCUGAACCAGACUAUGCAAGCUUGACUAGGACAAUGACCGUUGAAUAUGUUGAAAAUGAUCCAAAUUAUGAAAGUUUAAAAGUAGACUUGAACGAAAUUAAUCACAAUUCAAUUUAUUCAGAAGUGAAUAAAAGAUAGCUUUUAGACAAACAGCAAUUUGUUUCAUGAGUAAAUCUAACGUGAGUUCUUUAUUUCUUUUUCUAUUUUUUUUUUUUUUUUUUGUUAAUUUUAUACCUGACAAAUAUGUGUGGUAUAUUUUGUUCCAAUAACAUUUAUUUACCAAGCUAAGUACCAUUAUAUUUAAAAUUUACAAUAACGUUUAUCAUUUAUUUAAACAUGUGUGUUCACUAUUGUCGAUGGACAAAAACAAUGGCUCAAACUUUUUUAAUUGACAUAAUAUAAAAAUUAUGAUUAUCAAAAAUGUAAUAGUGUUUACUAUAACCAAGUAACCCACCUAAAAAAUAUUUAAUAAAUAUAUUUUUACUUCCAUUAUGGUAUUAAGGAUAAUAUACACUUAUUUCUUUCCAUUUUAAUCUCUAGCAUAUAUAUACUAUAUAGGAUAAUUUAUGUUUUGCUAUUUAUGUAGUUACUAUAACUUUAUUAUUAUCAUAUGUAGUAUAUAAAUAAUAUUUUAGAAUAGUGUAUCUUUAAUCAUUAGUAAUAUAAUCUAUCAUUAUGACUUAAAAAGCACAGACGUUUCAACCAAACUUUGCUAUAAUAUCAAAUUAGGUUAUUCAACCACAGACUGAAGUAUUAUUAUUAUUAAUUUUUAUUAUUUUUACACAUGAUCUACUUAACAAAGUAUAUGCAAAUAUACUAUAUUAUACGAUAUAUAUACAUUUUUUAGCUAAGAUUUUACAUGUUAAAACUAGAUGUAUUAAAAUUCCACCAAUGAAAUAAUUAUAUAUGAAUAGUACAUCACUUUAAAUUGUAUUUUUUUUUUUUACACAAGCAUACUAUUUGUUAGUUUAUAAGACAGUAUUUAUGUUUUUAUAAUAUACAGCUCUUACCAAACAUCUUGGUAAAAAAUGUGAGUGCGGCGCCGUCCUUUUUACAGCUUUUGUUCCCUAACUAACAGCAACUCUAUCCCUUCCGACCUCUAUAUAAUAUUACUGUGUGUACAGACCAUAGAAAACACGAGUACUCUGGUGUUUAUGGUUCAGACGAAAGGUGAGAGAGUUGUUUUUUUCUUUAGUUUGGAACAUACUUAUAUCAUAUUUUAUAUUAUAUAAUUAUGUAUUCUAAAAUUAAUAUUUUAUUUUUUGUAUAAUUUAGUUAAAA